GUGCAGCCCGCAGGUCUUCUUCGGUGCUGCUGCUGCUGUGGAGCCUUGGAGGAGGAGGAGGCGGUGGUCGUGUUAUUGAGCGGCCCGGCGGUGGAAGUUGCGCUGCAGGGGUGGGGACUUUCUUUCUUUCUGCAGUCGGUCGGUCGGGGGGUGAGCUGCGGCUCGUACAGAAAUAUGCCUCUGGCAGCAGCUCUUCAGACUCCAGCGAGCGGCAGCACAAACAGCCGGUCUACUCCGAGUGGAAGAUAAAUCCUCCUCCUGUUCUUCAUCAUCCACCUUUUGCUCAUCUUCCUCCUCCAGCUGGCCGGAUAUGCGUUGAAAACGGGAUUGUGAACGCCGUUUUCCCUCCCGUCCACGAGACCUCCGGGACACACAGACCGGACCGGCACCGGUGUCAUUGGAUGGAGAGAGGCGCCUGAAGAAGGGAGCGCGGUGGAGUUGGUCUACCCCCCCUCCUCCUCCUCCUCCUCCUGCUCCUUCCUCCCUACUGCACCAAAAGAAAACUCCGGGCUGGCUGCAGCACCAUGUCCUCCGCUCAAACUGGGGAUAUAUCAGGCUACCAUCUGAGUGUGGUGCGUAACCCACCCGGGUGGGAGGUGGGAAUCUACCUGGUGGGCUUCUUGGUGCUACUGGCCGUGGCCGGGCUCAACAUCUGGAAGUUGUGGAAAUCUGGAACGUUCCCCGCCCCGUCCCCCUUCCCCAACUUUGACUAUCGAUAUCUGCAAGAAAAAUAUGGAACCUCCUUCUCAGAAGCCAGACAAAAGCGAGUGGCUGCCAACAACCACCGGCGGACCUCCAUCACCUCCAGCCGCAAACCCAGCCUGGCCCUCGGCGACACCCCGGACUGUUUCAGAGAUCUGGGCCACCUGGAGCUGAUGAGCAGGGAGCUGGACCCGACCGGCGUGGCCCAGAUCAACCGAUCCAUCUCCACCGACUCGCUCAGCUCCAUCUCCUCCAUCGCAAACAACUUCGGCCACGACUACACGGUUGGCCAGCUGGAGGUGACGCUCGAGUUUGAGCCGUCCAGGCAUCCGGGCCAGGGGCCGGGACUGCUCCACAUCACUCUGCACCAGGGCAAAGACCUGCUGGAGAGGGAGGAGGGAGACUUCCCCCGCUGCUUCAUCAGAGUCUCCCUGGGGCCAGAGGAGACCAGUGUGGGAGUCACAAGGAUCCAGACGAAUGCAUUCACCGUGAUUUUUGACCAGCACUUCUCCAUCCCCAUGGACUUGUCCUUUUUGGAGGAGUACAGCCUACGUUGUGCAGCUUUUGGUAUCGAUGCCGACGAGAGAAACAUCAGCGCUGGGGUCGCAGAUCUCAAGCUGUCAGACCUGGACCUGACCAUCCGACCAUUCAACGCCUGGCUCUACCUUCAAGAUGUCAAUAAGGCUGUGGAUGCAGUUGGGGAGAUCCUGUUGUCUCUCAGCUAUUUGCCGACAGCAGAGCGCCUCACAGUUGUUGUAGCCAAAUGCAAGAACCUGGUGUGGACCAACGGCAAGAACACUGCAGAUCCAUUUGUCAAAGUGUAUCUCCUGCAAGAUGGCAGGAAGAUCAGCAAGAAGAAGACUUCCACCAAAAGGGACGACACGAAUCCCAUCUUCAAUGAAGCCAUGAUCUUCUCCGUGCCGUCCAUCGUCCUGCAGGAACUCUCCCUGAGGGUGACAGUGGCAGAGUCCACAGACGACGGCCGGGGUGAGAACCUGGGUCAUGUGAUCAUCGGCCCUGAGGCCAGCGGGAUGGGGAUCACCCACUGGAACCAGAUGCUGGCCACUCUGAGGAAGCCCGUGUCCAUGUGGCACCCUCUACGCAGGAUCUAGCUCUCUCUCCCUCUCGUACAAACCCGACCUGUUUCAAGUAAAACACUCGCUUAGUCGCGUUCCCUUCACCUCUACCCUUAUUUGGUGCCAUGCUCUAGUCUGUUAAACUGUUUUAGGGAGAUAAGAGUUUUUGGCCCACAUGAGGGUACUAUGUGGGGGGUGUGUGUCAAUCUGCGGGUGAGUAACAUAUUGGAGUAAACACCUUAUCUUCAUGGGGGAGGGGGGGGGGAUCUGAAAAGCCAGUGUUUGACUCUGAACAUGGUGUUUUAUUGACCCGUGGAUCAAUUAUACGCUUAAAUCGUGUCUUUAGCAUUUGGCUUCAUUCUCGCUCGGUUGCAUUAUGGGUGAUGGUGAUAUUUAGGAUGAAGCAGUGCAUAUCCCAAAUUACACACUGAAAGCUGAUGAGUUUUCCAAUGGUGUGCACCCUACAUAUUAACCGUGUCCCCUUGGCUUGAGAAUUGGGCUGAAUCACAAUUCUCAACAAGAACAACAGCAGAGAAGACAAGAAUAUGUGGAUACUUUUUUUUCCCCCUCUCAAAAUCUUUCAGUUUGGACUUUUACUAAUCUCAAUUAACAAAAUGAGCCCAGCCUAGGCAGGAGUAACCCGCUCUCUGCAUGGUGCCUACUCUGGUUGUAGCCUGUUAUAGCUGUCUAGAGAAUGACCGACUGGACGGAGGGGUGGAAUCGCCUCUCUUUCAGGAAAACACUCAUUUGUCUUUUCAAACCAGUCAUUGAUUGCGCCUACUUGAUUGAUUUCGUAGCGGUUUCGGAGCCGAGUUGAGUUAGCUCUAUUGGAUUUGCUUGUGUAAUUUGUUAACAGUGAGAUUGACAAAUAAUAGAGGUUUUGGUAUGUUCAGUAUUUAUUGUGCUUUUGAACAAAAAAAAUAAAAAAUCCAGGUACUCUUAUCCAGGUGAAAUAAUUGUAAUUUGUAGCAGUUGUUACAGGGUGGCCAAAUCAGAUGUAAUCAGCAUAUAAAUAUCAUAUUACGUUGUUAUAUUUUUAACAUUAUUAAUGUCAUACACAUUGCAUAAGCAUAUUUAACAGUGUAAAUAGUGUACUAGGACAUUCUACUCAUUGCCUUUUUUUUCCUCUUAAUUCUGGGUGCAAAUCGUGUUUAUCAUAGUAUUACAACUUUACAUCAGUCUCCAAGUUAAUCUAUACAACACUAUAUUUAACAUCAAUAUCACUGCUGGACAAUUAUCAAAACACCUCUGGGAAUUUAACUUGUGAUGUAAAGUAUACUAACCCCUUUAAAUGGGUUUACAGUUCAUUUUGUCUUAGAGGAAACACCUUGAUAUUCUGAUUUAUAGUUGUUCGUCACCCGACACUUGUCACACUCAUUUUAGCUUUUGUCAUUAAAAUACCUGCAAACUUCUCGUUAGCACUGAUGGUGUUCCUGGUUAAAACCAUUAAGAGCCACUUUGCAGCUUGAAGCCUGAAUGGUAAUUUUGCAAAACGUUUUUAUGAUUAAAAUGAAGAUAAUGUGACAUGGGUCUUGCAAAAGUCAGAAUGUCAAGGUGGCUUUUUAUCUGUCCGAGAUAUUCUCUACAACAUUGUGCAAUAGUGCUAUUUUGUUGUACUUUGAAUGUGAAUUAUCACGUGAAAUACUGCUAAAUCUAGAAGCAUCAUCAGCCUUGUGCACUGUUGUGAUUUGUGUUAUAAUCAAGCAGAACAUAGGCUACAUUUUUGGUCAUGUUCUGAUUGCAUUCCUCACUUCACUUUGAAAAUCAAUCCAAAAAUAACACACCUGUGGUCAUACAAUAGACAAUAUUUCCUACUGUGCCAAAUAAUGAAGCAAUAUUUUCAUUUACAAUCAGCAUUUGCAUUUGAUUCAACCAAGCUGUAGCCUUCAUUUGACCAUGCAUGAAGUUAUUUAGCACUUGAUGUGAAUGUGCCUCAAGAAUACAGUGUAUUGUGUGAAUGCUGUUUGAAAUAAAAGCAAUUCAACAGUAAA